AUGCCCGAGGAUGCAGAGAGUUUCGUGAUCGACUGGCUCCGACGGCGAGCCGGGAGCCGCGAGGGCCAGGGCCGAACCACCUGCCUCUCUCUGCGGCAGCGGAACCAAGCGCUAAAGCAGGAGCUGUCGGACCGGGAGACCGCCAAGGCGAAGGCUGACCACGCUCGAGCAGAGGACGAGAAGUUCCGCAAGAUAGAGAAGUCCUUGUCGUUGCUUCAGGCACGGCAGGACGAGCAGUUCAGCAAAAUGGAGCAGUCCAUGGCAUCCUUCAGGGCCACGGUGAUUGCACGACAGGACGAGCACUUCGGCAAGCUGGAGAAGUCGCUGAUGUCCGUGCAGGCCCAGCAAGACGCACAACUUGCAACGACCAGAGAGCUCUUCGCCAGCUUGCUCCGGGUCCAAGAGAAGUUUUUUGCAAAGAUGGAGCAGCCCAUUGCCGCACCAGACACUGUGCCAAAAGACGAGGAGCUGGACACUGGAAAGGACAAGGACGAGAUGCAAACACCGACAAACCAGAUCGAGACGAGUUUAGUGGAGGUGCAGAUCGGUGUCAACGACGAGCUGCCAGAAGGAGCGCUGAUGUCCUCCUCGUCGGGGCCAUUGCAGGAAUUUUUGUACCUCACUCUGAAGGAGGAGGCUGCCAUAACUGAUUCUGACAACAUUGCCAAGAGCUACCACGGGCACAUCAGCAAGAACGCGAGCUCCUGCUGGGUGUCUUUCCCAGGCAAAUACGCCGCAGGUUGGGAAGCAUUGGUCAAAGAAUACCACGAAGACUCCGUGGCCUGCGUCUUUCUUUGCACUCCCGAAGAUGGUCUCGGCCAGCACUCCGAUGAUCCCGAGAACCCAGGGAAGUGCCACUGCCCGAGGAUCUACGGAGUUCGCGACUGGCGACCCUUCGGAUACCUCAUGGUCAUGCAGCCACCUUAUACGGAUGAGCGACUUCGGAGGCACAAGGAGAUGGCGGCUGCGAUGAACGCGGUGUUCGUGCGCGCAGAUGCCCCGCAAUCUGAGCAGGAAGAAGCCCUCAAGAAGGCGGAGGCGCAAUGGCAAAAAUGCGACUGCGUGGCCUCCUGGGGGUGCGCGUGGUACCCCAAGUGGCUGGACCGGGUCCGCGAAGCUGUGGCCAGGGGGCAGCGGCUCAAAGCGGUCUUCUUUCCGAAACAGGUGGGGCAAGGUAAGCUGUCCAUGGAAGAGCUCUCGCGAGAGAAGGUCGAUUUGUGGGACAACGUCGGAUGUGGUGGCUCGCAGAAGUGCGAACUCGCAACCCUCGACCGGCUGCAGAAACAGGAAGGAAGCAAAUGGGACUACGAUGAGGUGGACGUAGCCGACUUCCUUGGGAGCGAGUUCACUGCCGGCUGUCCCGUAUAUGCCAAGACAAAAGGCGAGGGUGGAGAGGAAUGGCGGAGGGGUGUAUUGGUGCGGCAGAAGACGCGCGGUACCAUAGGUGGCAGGGUCUCAUGGUUGGUGAGAUGUCAGAAGACACAGGAAACCUUCGAAACAUGCGAUCUUCGCCACGCGAGCGUGUCCGUCGAGCAGAUCCAGGAAGCCUGCGGUCAUGAUGUUUUGCUGGAGUUCUUGAGCGACUGCCUACCCGGCACGGAGAUUACAGCUCAUGAGGCGGCAAGGCUUCCCACAGGUGCCCAGGCGCUCCGUGCUACAAUCCGGAUCUCUGGCAUUAUGGAACUGCAUUCGGUGAGGGACAGCAUACUGAAUGGCGACUUCGAGCGGAGUUUCAAUGAGAAGCUGGCAAGCAAAGCACCGACAUGGAAGGUGCAGGUAGACAAGAAAAGGUUUUUCGAACUCUACGAGGACAGCCUUCUUGCCUUGGAGUCUCUGACGCCUCAUCAGGUACAAAAGCUGGGCGAGAUGCAAGGAGUGAGCCACGACAUACAUUUGUCUGCCCCGGCUGGAGCUGGCAAAACCUUCGUGGCAGUUCAGCACGUCAUGGACACUAUCUGCGACAGGGCUUCGGGAAAGAUUGUGUACGUGGCACCGAAUGAGGCUUUGGGCCUACACUUCUUGCGGUGGCUGUCGACCCGGGUCGCGGCACAAAGCCGCAAAGGUGAUGCAGAUCUCGCUGCCAAGAUCCGUCACGUGUUUUCUCGCCUGAGGCUGCUGCACCAGCCGUACACCCACAUUUUGGCACCGUCACUGGACGGAGACCGAAUCGUCCGAAGGCAAGAGAACAUCGGUCCCCAAGACUUUCAGCUUGUGGUCUGCGACGAAAGCCACAGCUACCUGCACAACGACUCCACCGUGGGCAAGAUGAUUGAAGACAGAAUCGCGGCACGUCGGCGGCUCCUGCUGUCCGACGAAUCUCAGUCCUCAGCCAUUAGCCACAGCUAUCCGGAGAUGCAGAGGGUCAAGCUGACCGAAGUGGUCCGCAGCACGAAGCGCAUCGUGGCCGGAGCAGCAGCCUUCCAGCUUCACGCGGACACUUCGGAGACAGUGACGUCUUUGGGGACAGACGGACCGCCUCUGAAAACUUUCCUGUUUCAACUGGAAGAGCAGGGAAAGAAGUUCGACGAGUAUGCCCGGCAGAUAGUGAAGGCCGUGGUGUACAUCGAACAGGUCUUCCCGGGUGUGGCACUGCAUCGUCGCGUUGCAAUCCUGACACCCGACAAGGACUUUCUGGAUAGAUUGCGUCCGCGCCUGCAGACGAACCUGAACCAGCACUUCUCACAUCGCUCCUUCCGCCUGGAGUCGUUCGUGGAGUCGCUUGAGGUCCUGCCGGAGAGGGUUCUGCGACGGAGCCCGCAGCAGACCAAGAAGCAAGAAAGCCUCGUCGUGGAUGCUAUGGAGCAGGCUGAUGGUCUGGAGCAGAUGAUUGUAGUGUGUGCAGGCUUGGACUCGGCCAUCCAGAGCUCAACAGAGGACUUGCAAACCCGGGCACAGCUCUACCGAGGCAUCACUCGAGCGCAGCUUCUCGCUGUUGUGGUGAACGAGCACAUCCCGGGUGGCUGGCUUGAGUUCCUCGGCGGUGUGAAGUACCAGGAUGCGGCGCUCUCGUAUCGGGAGGCCGACUCCCCGCGGGUGGCGGAAGCCGCGAGGAAGAGGCACCAGGCCGCCUUGGCCCAGGCGGCGGAGAAUCCCAGCCGACAGGAUCAAGCAGCAGCACCGCACAAGCAGAGCGGGGUCGAGGCAACCCAGGGCACCUCUUCUGCAUCGCCUCCGAAAGCCAGCAGCGAGCCCAAAGCCCCGGCAGCGGUGAAGACGUCGAGCGUCUGGGACACCGACAGCAACAGCAUCCCAGCACCCACCGAGCUCCUCUUCGACCCUCUGCCCGAGGCGGGGACUCGUGUUAGACCAGUACCAGUAGGCGUCAAGGGUGGCUGCUGA